CUCUCUCUCCUCUCACUCUCGUCAGUGUUGUUCCCUCGUUCCCCGACGCCGCGCGCCUUCACCGCCGUCCUCCGCCGCCGCCAAGCGGCCCGGCGACAAGGCCCCAGGUACUCGAAGGAGUAUAUAUAUAUCAAUGGAGGGGCCGGCGGUGGAGAAUCCGGCGGCGCCCGUUGUGGCGCCGGAGCGCGCUGUCGAGGACGCGGCCGGGGAGGAUUCGGUGGUGCCCGCGGUGGCGCCCGAAGCUGGGUCUGUCGACGCGGAUCAGCAUAUCGAGGAUGCAGCCCCCGAGGACGGGAAGCAUGAGUCUACAGAGCUCAAUGUUGAUGUCACUCCUGAGGAAAUGAGAUCAGUCAUUGAAGUAAUAGCUGACACGGGAAAGUUCUGGCAUGACUGGAGCUUUCUCAAGAGAUUGUUGUCUCUCCAAUUGAAGCAGGUCUUGGCUGAAUAUUCUGAGGGUCAAAUGGUGAACCAAGAGGAUGGGCAACAACAGAACUCUUUCUCUGGGGCAACAUACUCUGAGCUUGUCAACCAGCUCAAUGAUGCACUGUUGAGGUUUGAAGAAGGUCCUCCAUUUACAUUGCAAAGGCUUUGUGAGAUUUUGUUGGAUCCAAAAGGAACAUAUACAAAAUUGUCAAAGCUUGCUUUGGCCUUGGAGAAGAAUCUCCUGGUCACAUCCACAAUAACCAAGUGCACUGACCCAUACCCAACUGCUGACGUGUCAAAUUUAGAAGGUACAGCAACUACAGAGAACACCAGCGCUGUUGAUGUAGAACCUGAAAGGCUGCUCGAACAUCCUGCAGCAGUGCCAAAUGGAAAUGUAGGAGGUGAUGGUGAUGCAGAGAUGGCUGAUGCAGAGGCUGAGGAGCCAUCGAGUAGCUAUGAUGUUGAGAUGCAGGAGGACAAGCCCGAUCAGAUUUCAAAUGUUAAGCCUGAUGCUAGCUCAGAUGCUGCAGUUACUGUAGAAACAGUUGAUGCCAAUGAAAAAUCAUCUGACCCACAAACAUAAGCUAACAACAGAGACCAGAAGCCCUAGUUCAUGUCUAAUUUGCAAUCCAGCUAAAGUUCACUACCACCACUUUGGAUGGCAGAUUGUGGGCUAUGUGAUGUUCACGUUUUUGUGGGCCAUGAUAAACAUGGAGUAGGUGUACGACCAUUUUGGAUCCUCCAGAAAAAUGUAUUUUGACUCGAAAUGAAUGUGAUAAAUUUUCACUAGAUGUCGUCUGUGAGCAGCUCGAUACUUCCAGUUGUCAAAUGCUGUCUCCAAUGUUAGUCAUUGGCUGCUGGUUUUGCAGCUUGUAUCGGUGAAUUCAUGCGUCACAAGAAUGUGAGCUUCCUCGCUAUUUUCUC